CUCUUCCCCCUCACACUCACUGUUUUGAUAUGAAAAAUGGCGGCGACCGGCGAGUCGGAAUGUAGUAUGAGUCCCAAAACAAGACCUAGAGCGUCGAAAGUGUGGGUGUAUUUUACCACAGAUGGGGACAAAAGAGUGGUCUGUUCUCUCUGUAAAACAUCACUGGCUUAUCAUAAGAGUACAACUACGAUGCUCGAACACUUAAAAAGGAAACAUACAGGAAUUGUCGAAGAUGCUCCCACGGAAAAGGAGAGGACGAUGCACGAACACUUAAAAUGGAAAUACACAGGAGUUGUUGAAGAUGUGCCCAUUGAAAGGGAAAAGACAAUGAUGACUCCAUCCAAACACGCUCCCGCUCAUUCAAUCCCCCCUCACACUCUGACUCGCAUGGCAAAGCAGUGGCUUGAAGAGGACACGCCGAACUUUGAUCCAGCAGGCGUGUGUGUGGGCUCUCAGGAAGUUGAGGCCAGGUUGCUGUGUAAAAGCCCACACAGCAUCUUGGCAGGAAGUCCGUUCUUCACAGCAGUGUUCACUGAGGUCGGCUGCACUGUGGAUUGGUUUUACCAGGAUGGAGAUGAAGUUGGUCCAGAUCCUGUCACGCUUACUGCUGUGGUACGAGGUCCAGCCAGAUGUCUCCUCCUGGGUGAAAGGCCAGCUCUGAAUUGCCUGGCCCGCGCCUCAGGGAUCGCCACUCGAUGCUCUCAACUCCGCAAAAUGGCAACAGCAUGGGGAUGGCAUGGAGAAGUGGCGGGCACUCGUAAAACAACCCCUGGUUUCCGCAUUGUGGAGAAGUAUGCCAUGCUGGUGGGCGCUGUGUCCAUGCACAGGAUGGACCUGAGUGGAAUGGUCAUGCUAAAGGACAACCAUGUCUGGACUUCAGGAAGCAUAACAGAGGCAGUGAAAGCUGCCCGGUCAGUAUGUGGUUUUAGCAGCAAGAUUGAAGUGGAGUGCUGCUCUAUUGAGGAGGGCAUAGAGGCGGCCAUUGCAGGAGCAGACAUUGUUAUGCUGGAUAACGUCCAGCCAGAGGAGCUCCAUGCUGCAGCUGCUGCCCUCAAGCAAAGAUUUCCAGCUCUGCUGAUUGAAGCCAGCGGAGGAGUGACAACACAAAACCUAGGGAGGUAUUUCUCUCCACACGUAGACAUCAUCUCCCUGGGCUGUAUUACACAAGGAUGUCCAGUCGUGGACUUUUCACUGAAGGUUCAAAAGCCCGUUUGUCUGUCAAUGAAGAUCAAAGAGGAAUUGGCUCCAUAAACGCAUAGUCAUAAACAGAGAAGUUGAUAUUGCUUCCUGUUGGAUUCAUUUUCCAGCUGAGAUGAAGAAGAGAACAAGAAUUUGGAAAGUUUGUCAAUGAUUGAAUGUCUCUGAUUGAUUGCGUUACGAGCUGAAGGCCUACCCUGGAAAUGAAGUCUUUUUGUGGGGUCAACAUGGGUCACCGUUCUGAACAAGGCUUAUCAAUAGACUGUAAUUAUUGAAUCUUGGGGUAUUUUACACCGGAACUGUUUUACUCUGUGAAAAACAUUGCAUGUCUCUUUUAAUGUUACAGCUCUGAUAUGGGCAGGAGAAGUGGGCGAUAAUACACAUUUUUGGUAUUGAGUUAUUACCAAGUGAAUACAGGACAGGUAGCAGAUGACUAUAAUUUUACUUGAACAUUUUUACAUGAUUUUGUUUUUCUUUGAGUUUGUUGAUCAUGAUUGUAACCAGAAUAAAACAAAGAACAAAGAUUUCAGGAAAACAAAAACACAUUUUCAUCAAACUUAUUCAUGUGCAUUCUAACAAUACAUUGGUGCCUCGAUUUUUGUUGGUAAUCAAUUACAAAAGGCAAAAACCGAAUAAUUGGAUAUCCAAAUACAUAUUUCUCCAAAAAAUAAUAUAACGGCAAUUAAUGCGGUCCAGACUCCCAAAAAUAUUAACACAUUUUACAGCAAAUAAUUAUACUUUUACAUGCAAAAAACAGCCACAAGUACAUGGGCAAAAAAUAUUUAAUCUGAUCACAAUUCGGAAUAGAAUGUUAGUGUUUACAUGCACACUGAAAAAAAUUAUCCAAUUACGAAGAGCGUUUUCAUGCAUCACACUUUAAAUCAGAAUACUUGGUUUUGACAUGCGCAACACAUACCAUUACGGAAGUAGAAGAAGCAGGAGCAGUGACUUCCGUUUUAAACAAACAUGGCUCUGUGCAUUUCUGCUUGUCAGGCAUUGUCACGUAAUUUAUUUUUAAAUUUUUUCUUGUGUUUGCUACUUUUGUUUUACCUCUCUUUUCGAAAUGGAGCUCUUCUUUGCCCUCCAUUUGUGAUAUGUACGGUUUGCUGCGCAUCGUAAUGUUAUGACAGUCUGUGUACGUGCCUGAGGCUGGCAGUUAGGAUUUGGAGUAGUUGUAAAGUCGUGAAUUGAACAAUUUUUUGAGACGACAACUAGAUCACUCCUUUUAUUGUUACAUGACACUCCGGAUCAUACUUUUGUUUUUGCUUGUCUCUGUUUUAGAACAACAAACAUCAGUAUGUAACACUACUUCUGUACAUGUUGAAUUUGGUCCCCCCUCCACCACCAAAGUAUAGCUGAUGUCGAAGACAUGCGCAAUACGGAUAAUUUUGUCCCGAAAUUAGGGAAAAGUGUUACAUGUGGUCCAAUUUGAAUGACUAUUGACAUUAAAUUUUGUUCCGAACGUG